AUGACAGCAUUAAUAAAAGAACAGCCUACCAAAGAUAACACUAUUACUUAUAUCAACAACAGUAACAGUUAUUCGUUGAAACAACAACAACAAUCAUAUCAUUGUAAACAUCAUCUCUCAACAAAAAAUGACAUUUUAACAAAGAAACUAAGUGUAAAUAAUAGUAACAGCAAUCCACCUCAAAGACAUCAACGGCAAAAAGAGCAAGAGGAGCAAUAUCAAAGUCGUCAAUUUCAUAGUCAAGAACAACAGCAACGCCAAUAUUAUCAUUACGGUCAAGAAACAUCUAAAACCGAUCGAUAUAAAAAGAAAAGAAUCCCUAUAAUGAUGCACGAAAAGAAAAUUAAUAUUAAAUCGUCGUCGUCGUCACCAUCAACAUCUUUAGCAAAUAAUUCAUUUUUAAUGUUAAAUUACAAUUAUUAUCUAUUAACAUCUACACCAAUAUAUGUUUCACCAUUUCUUAUGCAUGGUAAAUGGUUAUCAACAUAUUUACCAAUGAUGUCUUUUAUAUUAAUAAUGACAAUUAGAAGAAAUCAUUGGGGAAUAAUAAUAUGGGAAUAUUUAGUGUUGUUACAAGAUUCUAUAUUAUCUUUGAUUUAUUAUCGUAUCUGGAGCGUUGUUUGUCUAGGUCCAGGAUGGAUCCUUACUUGGGAAAUAUUUAAGUUUAGUAUUAUUGCCGGUGUUUUGAUGAUUUGUUGGUGGAGUUUUUGGACUUUUCAGAUUCAAGGUGUCCUAUGGAAAAAAGAACUUGAGGAAGGUGUCGUUGUUUGGUCUUCUGAUGGUAGAAUAAUGAAAGCUAACGGAAUCAUUCGUAAUUGA